AUGAACCUCCCCGAAGUAAAUUCGACUUCAAGAGGUGGAGACGCCUAUUACCCGGACUGUGAAACUCUCGAGAAAAUGGAGGUGGUCUUCAUGAACUGGGUCAAAAGCUACAGGGCCAUCCCUGAAGGCGAGCCAUUUCCGCCAAGACAGAUACCACGCCGCAUUCCUAGGGCCUACUCUACCAGCUAUCGGAACCCAGCCCUAUUGAGGCAAUCGUUUGAAGCAAUAGACCGUCCAGUAUGCUUGGAGACUGUACGCCGCACCGUUGAAGACCUCUACCAGGCGUUACUACACAAGACCGGGAAUCACUUCCAUUACUUGCACAUGGCCAUCGAAAUGAUUGAGGAGAUGUACCGCUGCGGCAAGUAA